AUGACGAAGAUCUUCAAGUCGCACGGGUUAUGGAAACAGGUUGAAAAGGGGAUUUCGAUCUCAUACUCAAAGAAGAAGGUUGAAGAAGGCUCAGAAGAGGAAGUUGAUGAGAAAACAACAGCUGUCUAUAUGCAAGAUGCUAAGGCCCUGGGCAUUAUUCAGACUGCGGUUUCAGAUCAGAUUUUCCCACGAAUAGCUAAUGCUGAAACAUCAAAAAUGGCUUGGGAUUUGUUGUAUGGAGAGUACCAUGGUGGUGAUCAAGUAAGGUCUGUAAAAUUACAAAAUCUGAGGCGUGAAUUUGAGUAUGCUAGGAUGAGAGAUGAUGAAACCUUAUCUGGCUAUUUGACUAGGCUAAAUGAUUUGAUAAACCAAAUGAAAACAUUUGGUGAGAUUCUGACUAAUGAGAGACUUGUUCAGAAAGUGUUGAUUAGCCUUAGCAAGCCAUAUGACCCUAUUUGUCUGGUUAUUGAAAAUACCAAAAGUUUGGAGACUGUGGAAUUGCAAGAAGUUGUAGCUAUUUUGAAAAGUCAAGAACAAAGGUUUGAUCUACAUAAUGUGGAUACCACUAAAAGGGCAUUCGCCUCUCUUUCUGUGAAUUCAAAUGGGCAACAAAGCAAGAAUCAUUCUAAGUCUCAAAAGAAUUGGAAUCCUAAGGGAAAACCAUGGGAAUUGAAAGGAAAGCCUCAGCAGAACAAUUAUGCACCAAAUCACAGUUUUGGUUCACCACAAUAG